AUGCAGCCCCGGCUCGUUUUGAGCGGCGAAACGAAGCUGGCAGCACGACCUGGGGAGAGCAAUUUGAGAGAGCGUGGAGCGAAUGUGGGCUUCGGGUGUCUCCGGGUCCGCAAUCGCCCGAACGAGCUACAACUCCUUGGUCUGGUCUUCAGUGCUUCCCGCUGCAUCUCACACACCACCACUCUUCUUCGAAUUCGUCUGUUUCGGACUAGCAAUCGCAACGCAUCUCGUCGUCUGGUAAGUGUUCAGCUUGGUCAACGGUCUCUGCGUUUCAUUGUGUUCCAUGGUUUCGGUCGGGUUGUGGAGCUGCCGUCGCUAGUAGGCUUCGCAGCAACGUCGCAUCGUUCUCGUCAACGAUGCUGUCUGCCACGUUCUUCGACGCUCGACAUCGACAUCGUGAGCAUAGAGGGGCUGAGUUGA